AUGCACACUAGCCCACUUUCAUUCUCCACCGCGCGCCAUCAUUCUUCCUUCCUCCUCCUCGCUAGACAACUUUUCUCAACUCAGCAAGAUGUAUAUUACGUCAAUCUCAACAUCGCAGCCCUGUCACGCGCCGGCAACAUCAACGCUUCACGCCAAUUGUUCGACAAAACCUCCCCAAAAGACACCGUCACAUGGAACUCCAUGCUCACCGCCUACUGGCAAAACGACUUUCUACAACAUUCUGAAUCACUCUUCCAUUCCAUGCUAAUCAAAAACGUCGUUUCAUGGAACUCCAUCAUAACCGCAUGCGUUCAAAACGAUAACCUCAACGACGCGUUUAGCUACUUCACCGUAAUGCCAGAGAAAAACACUGCGUCGUACAAUGCUAUGAUGUCAGAUUUUGUGAGAAUGGGACGCGUGGAGGAAGCACAAAAGCUGUUUGAAGAAAUGCCGCGUCCGAAUGUUGUUUCUUAUACUGUGAUGAUUGAUGGGUAUGCCAAGAAGGAAGGUGGGAUUAGGCGUGCGAUGGCGCUGUUUGAUGCGAUGCCAAAUAGGAAUGAGGUUUCUUGGACGAUGAUGAUUAGUGGUCUUGUUGGGAAUGGGUUGUAUGAGGAAGCGUGGGAAUUGUUUGAUAGAAUGCGUAAGAAAAAUGUUGUUGCUAGUACUUCUAUGAUUAUUGGGUUUUGUAAACAAGGGAAGAUUGAAGAGGCUUGGAACUUGUUUCAACAGAUUCCGUACAAGGAUCGAGCUUCUUGGAAUAUAAUGAUAACCGAUAACCCAAUGGUUUUGAUUGAAUUUUUGGAAGUUGCUAUUACUUGUGUUGUUUUUCUCAAAGGGGUUUAUCCUCCAGGUGCUUUUGAGAGGAGAAGGUAUAUGAAUGUGGUAGUUCAAAGGGCUUGUCAUCCUCAGCUUAGAUAUUACAUUCAUGCCACUGUUUCAGGACUUCUUCCCUUUAUUCAAAAGAAUGGGAGAGGGGAGGAGGCACUAAAUUUAUUUUCACAAAUGGUCAGGACUGGUAUGCAACCUGAUGACUUGACUUUUGUUCCACUUUUUACUGCCUGUGCUAGUCUUGCAUUACUUGACGAAGGAAGACAAGCGAAUGCUCUUGUAAUUAAGCAUGGCUUUGAUUCAGAUUUGUCUGUGAGCAAUUCGUUGGUUACUAUGUACAAUAAAUAUGGUGAAAUUGUCAACUCAGAGUUAGCCUUUAGGCAAAUUUCUCAUCCGAAUAUUGUUUCAUGGAACACAAUCAUUGCUGCAUUUUCACAGCAUGGUCUCUAUGGCAGAGCUCGAUACUACUUUGACCAUAUGGUAACAGUUAGUGUUACACCAGAUGGAAUAACUUUCCUGAAUAACUUUUUACAUUAG